AUACGUCCCUGACCAUCAAAGGGGAGAAAAGUUCGAGAUAAAAGUUUGUAUUAAAUUCACAUCUUGUUGUGAGCGCAAGAUGGCUGCCUGGUAAUCGUCAAACGCGACUCGUUUUCUUCGAUGUGACAGUCGUGUAUUUAGUCGAUCACCGUGCCGCAUCCUAUCUCGUUCUCUGUUCAUUUCGGGACAAUAACAUGAUCUGAUUGUAUAAGACAUGAAUAGCUACCCUUGACGCCAUCAUCAAACGGAUAAUUCUUGGCCGAUGUCUGCGAGGCGGGAAAAUGAAAACAAUUUCCAAGGCACAGACGACAGGUUCUCAUUAUUGUGAAUGUGAUCGCCUAGAAAGGUUUAACCUGAGUCGAACUUGGCCAGAGAAUCGGAGACAGAGACCUGCUAUAUUAUUUUUUGUAUGUGGCCGAGUGUUCUGUUGAGUGGAUCGCUUACACUUUACAUGACUGGGACGACGUGAUAGAGUGAAGCGAAAGAGAGUCUGGCCCCGGAUCAUUCACACCUGCAUCCAAGGAAGGUGAAAUCAAGAUGCAGGCGCCCAUGAUGGACCCAUAUACAUACUCAGUUUUUAGUGGAAGAGCCGGACACGGCAACGGCACCCAUCUCGGCCACUUCACUGAGUCUGUGCCAAUGUUGCACGAACAGACCCCCACAUCCAGUGUGGGUUCCCCAAACCCCGCCAUGCUUCCGUCCUUUGGAUUUACACAAGAACAAGUAGCGUGCGUCUGUGAGGUUCUUCAGCAAGGAGGGAACAUAGACAGACUAGCCCGGUUCCUGUGGUCACUUCCUGCCUGUGAACAUCUUCAUAAAAAUGAAAGUGUGCUUAAAGCGAAAGCCGUUGUGGCAUUUCACCGCGGAAAUUUCAAGGAACUCUAUAAAAUGUUAGAAAGCAAUAACUUCUCGCCUCAUAAUCACCCAAAACUACAAGCACUGUGGCUCAAGGCGCAUUACAUUGAGGCUGAAAAACUCCGAGGGCGACCUUUAGGAGCCGUGGGAAAAUACCGUGUUCGUAGGAAGUUCCCCCUCCCUAGAACCAUAUGGGAUGGAGAGGAAACGAGUUACUGUUUCAAAGAGAAAUCCAGAACUAUUUUACGGGAGUGGUAUCAACACAACCCUUACCCUUCUCCGAGAGAGAAGAGGGAGUUGGCUGAAGCAACGGGUCUAACUACAACACAGGUCAGCAACUGGUUCAAAAACAGGAGACAGAGAGACAGGGCCGCAGAGCAGAAAGAUAGGGAUGGUUCACAAGGCGGAUCGGGCAUUGGACAAGAUAUCGGAUCACCCGGAAGUGAUAAGGAUGACCUCAGUGAUGAUGGCGGUAUGGUUCAAACUAAAAUUGAACCUCAGGAAAUAAACACUACGCAAGCGCAUUCGAUAUACACAGAUCUCCAGAAGGCCAUGCCCAGUGGUCCCUAUACUGGCCUGAUUCCAAACAAUUCAAUGACUCAUUCGGCGGUGUCCAACGGUUCUUCCGUAGAUCACCAUAGCGACCUAUUAGAUAAUUACCAGACUUUAUGAAAUGAUGACCGAUGUGUUGUACAUUCUGUAGGCUAAGGAAACCAAAGAUAUUUUACCCCUUAAAAGACAGGCGAGAAUUGAUUGUGUUUUUUUUGCAAUUUUUUCUCAAAGUUGUGUGAUAUUAUGAAAGGUUAAGGUACCGGAAGUGAAAAAAAAAACAUGUUCAACAUGAGUUGUCAUGACGACAACCUUUUAUUCUGUGGCCGCCAACCAUCUUGCCAUUUCUGUCUCAAGGUUUGUGAGGACAAACUUGCAGAGGAAACGUUAUUGUAUAUUGGUGCAUGCGUGUGUAACUAAUUCACGGAUUCAGUGUCACCCGAGAUCUACAGAAAUAGUGCUGUUCCUUUGUUGUUCUAUAAUUUUGUGCCAUGUUUAGAGAUGUUUGUACCAUGACAUUGUCAAAAGAAACCUGACUAGUUUCAUUCUUGCUUUACCAUGACCUCUGUUGUCAGGGAUAAAUUAUUUUGUAGAAUUUCCUACAGGUAUAAAUUGUCAUUUAUAUCAGUAUGUUUUUUUUCAACAGGCAAUUAAGUGCAAUUUCCUCAUCACCAUUAAUUAGCUGUGUAGUCUUCGUUUUUCUCAAUGUACAACGUGUUUAUUCAUAAGAUUUUGCAAUAUUUCAUAUUGUGCGUGACUCAGAGAGCACAAGAUUUUGUCAAUGUUUAACCAUGACCCAAGAAAAUUUCACAAAAAAAGUUAUUAACACUUAUAGACUAAACUGGAAAACUGUUGUAGAUAUGUUUGAACAUCUUAUAAUCAACUAAUUCGUUAAGAAAUCGUUUUAUGCAGAUUUAAAUGUUCUGCUAUUUAAAACAGAAAUGUGAUUAAUAAACUUAAGAAAAUAUU